UGAACAGAGGAGUGUUUGACCGUCUUCAGACUUUAACCGGCUGUUUUACUUCUUGUCUUUGUUUCACGAUGUGACUUCUCCUCCUGAGAACAAGAGAAGUUUAUAGAAGGUCCUCCAGGUGUUAUGGACAGCUAUGAGGUCAUCCGUCAGAUCGGAGAGGGGGCGUUCGGUAAAGCCUUUCUGGUCCGCCACAGAGGGGCGGGUGGAGACAGGCAGUGUGUGGUCAAACAGAUCGACCUCAGAAAGAUGUCAGCGAGGGAAAAGGAGGCGUCCAAGAAAGAAGCGACGCUGCUGUCGAAGAUGAAACACCCCAACAUCGUCGCCUUCAUCGACUCGUUUCAAGAGAGUGGCAGCCUGUACAUAGUGAUGGAGUUCUGUGAUGGAGGAGAUCUGAUGAAGAAAAUCAACCUGCAGAGAGGAGUCCCCUUCACUGAGGAGCAGGUCCUGGACUGGUUUGUUCAGAUCUGUCUGGGCCUCAAACACAUCCACAACAGGAAGAUCCUCCACAGGGACAUCAAAGCUCAGAAUAUCUUCCUCACCAACGGAGGGAUGAAAGCAAAGCUGGGGGACUUUGGCAUCGCAAGAAUGUUGAAUAACACCAUGGAGCUGGCCAGGACCUGUGUCGGGACGCCAUACUACCUCUCCCCAGAGAUCUGUGAGGGUCGACCCUACAACAACAAGACGGAUAUCUGGUCUCUUGGCUGCGUCCUGUAUGAACUCUGCACCCUGAGGCAUCCAUUUGAGGGCAGCAGUCUGCAGCAGCUGGUCAGUAAAAUCUGCAGGGGGCGCUGCAGUCCAGUACCCAGCCGCUACUCCUACGACCUUCGCCUGCUGGUCACCCAACUCUUCAAGGUCAACCCCCGGGACCGUCCCUCCGUCAGCUCUGUCCUCAGGCGUCCCGUCCUGCAGAAGCACAUCAGCAGACACCUGGACCCACAGGUGAUGCAGGAAGUGUUCAGCCACACGAUGCUGCAUCGAAACAAAGCAGUAGCAGCAGCGAACAGACCAGAGAAGGUGCAGACGAGCAGACCUGCAGAGAGAGCCGGGGCCGCCGUGAAGAGACCGGCUGCUAAACCAGACUGGAGAGUCCCGCUCAGAGCCUGCACCCCGCCCCUCCACACACCUCUUCAUCACAGAGCAGCAGACAGACAGGUGGCAGAGCAGCAGAGCCACAGGUUCGAUGGGCAGCAGCCAGUCAGCCAUUACCAGCACUACCACGCCCAGCUGGACGCCUUCAGGAGGAGGAACCAGGAGGAUGUCCUUCCUCCUCCUCCUCCUCCUCCUGCUCUUCAGGAGCAAUGUGAAGACCACCCUGUGGAACCGUACCAGCUUGUGGCUGCAGCUCGAGAUGAAUACCUGCAGAGGAGACGAGACGCCAACCAGAACAAGCUGAGGGCCGAGAGGCAGCUGGGCCUGCGUCCGUGUACAGCCGAGCACGACAGGAAGCCCGGCGGCCAGAAACAGGAAGUGAGACGACCUGAACACCAACAUGCACCUCAGCACUGGAGGCAGGACGGCCAGCAGGACUACCUGCGUCAGCUGGAGGUCAUCAGACAGCAGUAUCAUCAGGAGAUGAGGAAGAUGAGGCUGAGAGUUGAAGCAGAGGAUCAGCCACGACACAAACAACGGACCUUUGUGGUGGAGAAGCCCAGCGAGCCAGAACCUUCUGCAGACGGUGAAGAGCAGCAGAGAGCCACACCUGCACAGGGAACACUGACCGUGAGGACCCUCAGUGUCUCACAGUGUCUUCACCUGUCUGUCCUCCUGCUGCAGGACGUUCAGGCAGCUUUGAUGCACAUCAGAGAGCAGAGAAGACACAAAGACAAGAAAGGAAUCAUGUUUGAGAUCCGGUUUGACGACGAAGGGAUGAAAAAGGAUGCAGAGGAAGAGGAAGAGGAGAGAAGAGAGGAACAGGAGAGAAGAGAGGAAGAGGAGGACAAGGAGGAGGACGUGGACCCUCUGAACCAGACUCUGAGCUUCCAGGAGGGAGAAGAGUUGAAGCUCAGGGAUUGGUCGCAGUUGAGGAGGGGGUGGAGCCAGAGGACUCCUCAGACUCUGUUGGACGCACUCGCCAACAUGGACGUCAACUCCGUCUACAACAGCAUGGUGGAGGCUGAGGGUCGCAGGCAGUGGGUGGACGGCCCCCCCGACACCCUGCUGAAGGCUCUGGCUCAGGCUGAACUCACCUCAUCGAGUCUGGACUCAGCGGCUGCAGAGCCGGAGACGGACCGAGCAGAGGAGGAGGAGGAGGAGGAGGAGGAUGAAGAGCGUCUGGAGCCGAGGUCAGACGAUGACGACACGAACUUCGAGGAGUCGGAGGACGAGCUGAGGGAGGCGGUGGCAGACUCCAUGAAGAACCUGUUUGUCCCGGAGGACGGGAGCUCGGACGAGGAGAGCACCGAGGGGAGGGCGGCGCUGCGUGAUGGGACGGAGGACGGAGAGGACGGAGGCGCAGACUCUCAACAGAUCCAGCCGGAGGUCGAGGAGUGGGACGCCGCCGCCAGACCGACCGGGGUCGUUUCCUGUGAAGGCGACGGUCGGUCUGAGUGUUCAGGUGAUAACGCGGCUUUAAAUACGCAGCAUCAGACUUCCUGAGUGAACUUUGCUCAGAGUGAGCUGGACAGAAAGAGUCUCUGCUUGAUUAUUCAACUUUAACUGCAUCAAAUCUGCACCGAAAGUCUGAUGAAGCAGAAGCUGAAUGCUUCAGACGCUGCUGAGUCAGCAGACGAGCACUGAAGCAUUCAUGUUCUUCUGUUUCUUACUGUCAACGAAUCCUCAAACCAACACAAGUGUGUCCGUUACAGCACUUUGACUUCCUGUCUGCGGCUCUCGGCUCAUUGGUUCCUUCUAAAAACACUAACAUUUUUAAAAACACCUCCCAAAUAUUUAGUUUGAUGUUUAAAAGCUUCAGUAACACCAAACAGCUGCUCGCUGUAGUUUCCAUCAGACAAACAGGAGGACACACAGCAUCUGUUGGGACUACUUUCAGCAGCGGAUGAAUCCAUCUGGUGCUGUUUGGUGGCAUGUGUUCACGGUGAUGAAGGAACGUGUCAGCCAGACUUCAGCUUCAGUGAUGAUUUCUGAUCUCUUUCACUGGACAGGACGAGGCAACAGCGACGUCUGUGUUUGAACUCACGACAGUUAAUGUGUGACGGUUUAUUGUUUAAAGUUUCUCUGUGAAAUAAACUCAAACAUGGACGGAUUUCAAAAUAAAGCUUCUUUAAUAUUUCCAUGGCUGGACCUCAUGACAAACAGGAAUGCAGGAAGUGAAACAACAUCUGAACACAGACUCGUGGUU